UCCAGCCUGCAGAGUUUUCCGUCCUGUGUCAGGAUAACAUCAUAAACGAGGACCACCUGACGGUUGAGACCGUACCAAAUGGAAGCAGCGGAGAAAACUCUCACUUACCGAGAUGACACCGGACUUCACAGGAAGCUGCUCACGUACGACAAGGAUAAGGACGACAGCAAGGACCACGGCACCAAGACGAACAGCGACGAGUCCAACUAUGUGGAUCUGGACAUGAAACCGGACGGCCCGAAAACGGUGAAAGUGACUUUCACCGGUGAGGGAAACCAGCUGUCUGUCAUCAAAUGCGACGGCUCAAAGCAAGGGAAGCAUGAAAGGGAGAUCAUUUCAAGUGUGGAAGAGCAGUCGGAGGACAAGAGGGACACCGACCCCGACCCCGGGCCUGUAUCGUUAGAGCCGGCUUUGGAAACUCUGACCAAACUUCCCAACGCUGAUCAGGACUCUGAGAAUGAGAAGCGGCACAAGGCCGAGCUCGAGCCGGCUGACUGCAGUGAACAUGUGUGCAGUGAGUGCGAUGAGCUCCAGUACACGGAUAUGUAUCUGAACAGCAAGACGGAGUCUGAUGACGGCGCCAGCGCGGUGCUGUCCGACCACUGCGGCUCCGACAUCGUGGAGGACGAGUCCCACUAUAUCACGACGCACGAAAUCCAGCUGACCGAGCUCGACCACGACGUAGAUUAUGACCUGGGGCGAGGGACUUGGGAUUUCGAAGACGACAACCUGGUCUAUUCCUUUGUGGAUUACGCCUCUUUUGAAAGCGAUGAAACCCAGGAGGGGACUUUGAUACUGGAGGGCAGGAGCCAGGCGAAAGUGCAGUCUAAUCUUGGUGGAGCAGUUGUCAGCACUGAGCAUGAUGAGAGCGAUCUUUGUGACUCGGACAAAUGCGCCAGCUCAGAUGAAAGUGUGUGCAAAAACCAAAGUGGAGAUUCACGUGCGGGGAAAAUUCACUUAUCAAUAAAAACUUCAUCCAGGGCAGUGAAUGACAACGCUGGCGUCAACAGCACCUGUGGGUACACAAAACAUUUCGGAGACACUCGCAAUUUCGCCUUUGUGAGCUCUGGCACCAGAGCGGGGCCCCUGUGCGAUAGAGCCCAAUAUUUCAUCCCUGCUCCGGGUCGUCAGCACCUUGCUACCAAGCUGAGACGUAAAGAUAUUAAUGAGUAUUCCAGCGGAGCCUCCAGCUCGAUCAGUGAGUUGGAUGACGCUGAUAAAGAGGUGCGUAAUUUAACCGCCAAAUCUUUCCGCAGCUUGGCAUGUCCAUACUUCGACGCCAUUAAUCUAAGCACCUCCAGCGAGUCCUCAGUUUCGGAGUACGGGCUAAAUAAAUGGUCCGCAUACGUAGACUGGAAUUAUGGAAACAUAUCUCGGGGGAGAGAGCGCAGCGUAAUUGCGCACAAGACGUCAAGCGCGACACUGGAGAUGAACAAGACCGUGGCCAGUAAGAAGCAUGGUAAGUCUGCCACAAAGGCUCCGCAAACCAAAAUGUAUGCUCUGAACAAGAGAACAACCUCGCAGCAAGCAUCGUCGUCAAGUAAAAGAAUCCAACUGAGAGACCCCGUUCAGCCAGUCACGUUGAAUUUCCACUGUAAUGUGGAGUCACACGAAGGAAUCAGGACUCCCAGGUGCUCAAACAAGGCGCGAUCCAGUGAAGUUGCCGGGGCUGUGUUUGCCAGGUCGGGGUGUGAGAUGCAGUGUCACCACACAGACAGCAUGGGAGACACGCACAAAAGGGCAAUAUUUGCAUCAAGUCUGUUAAAAAACGUGAUUUCGAAAAAGAUGCAGUUCGAGCAGGAGCGCAAAAUGGAAAGAGGUGAAAUCUGUGACACAUACCCUGCAGUCUCCCCACCCUGUUUUCAGAUGAAAGACCAAGACUGGAAAGAAAACAGUCAAGGGAGAGGCUUGCAAAGGCAGACCUCAGAGUCAGGCUCGGGAUUCACUGUUAAUUCCGCUGAAGAUCAGCGGCUGGAGGGAGGCAGACCCAGUUCAUGUGGGCCUUCAGACGAGACAAGGGGCAACAGAGCUCAGGAUGAUACAGAAAAGGGACAGGAGGAGCCACAGAAAACACUCCUGGUCCAGAGUCAGAGUAGUGCGUUUAAUUCACUGAAAGACAAUGAGCCGGAGCCUGUGAAGGUGGCUGAAUCAGUACCUGCAGGUGACACACAGACUGCAGCACAGGAAGGUUUAGAUACCAGCAGCAUGCUGACAAAACUGCUUUUUGUUCCAAGCUGCCAACUUCACUCAAAAAAGGAGGAGGAAUUUGCACAAGAUGUAAGGAGGCAAACGUCUCUAACUGUUGCCCCUGCUGGCUCACAGAAAUGUGAAAAGGAGCUGAAAGCUGCCAACCAUGUAAACACAGAAGACGUGAAAGGAGGAAAAACCCCAGAGAUAAAAAUACGCCUGAGAAGUGUGAAGGAAAACAAAGGCUGUACUCUGAAUAUUGCCAAUUUAUUAACCCCGAAGAUAAGUUACAAUGUCAACACGUUUAGGACAGCUGACGACACCAAAUGCCACAUUUUGUCUGCAGCAGAUAAGGUUCCGAACUUCACGGUUAGAGACAUAAGGGACACCAAAUGCAAGUUCCAAACACCGAUAUAUCACGUCAGAGAUGUGCGCAAAUUAGUAAAAAGCUCAUAUCGUUUUGUUUCGCUGGACAAAAGUGAUAAUAAAUGUUCCACAGCGUCCGAUAAGCUUGAGGAAAAAUCCAAAAUGGAGCCGGUCAAACAUGCGUUACCAUCUCCUAUUGUGAUUAAAUGCAACUCUGUCAAAACAAACACAAAAUCUCAGACAACUGCUGCUUCACAGAACCAAGUGGAAGCCAGCGCCCCACCUGAAACAGCACCAUCGCACUGUACGACCAGCAGAGUGGGACCUGUUGUACCCAAGCAGGGGUAUCCUGACCAGUCUGAGGCUCAGCCUAAUGUUGACACCAAACUGGCAAAACAAAAGCAGGACAAGUUCCCAGCUGAGACAGCCGAAAGGAGAAAUGAGCCCACAGUGCCGAAGCAGGACGCGCUGGAGAAACUAAAAGCUGCAGUCAAAACAAUGGAGCAGCUUUAUGUUUUUGACAGAAAUGAAUGGAAGCGCAAGGCUCAACCCCCACAGCCCGUCACAGACAGCCACGUGUUGUCGCUCAUCGCCAGAGAGGAGCAGGGAGCGGACGAGGUGGACGCAAACAUCCCUCAGCCUUUAACAAACGCCACGGAAGGCGGAAAGCUGAACAUCAUACACGUCCCCUACAACAAUGACACUUUUAAAACGCAGUCGCAGCAAAGCAAAACAUUUACUAACAAAAGUGUCCUUCAUUUUGGCAAUAAGACCAGCGUGAACUCGGACGCGGCCGCACAAAGUUCCGCACUGCAAACAUCAUCCACUAUCAGAAGUUCAAAGACUCCGCCGGCUCCACUGUCGGUUAAAAUAGAGCCACAGAAACAUGGCCAGGUGGAGCAGGGAAAGGUCAAAACGAGUCCCACUAAUCCCACUGUCACACAGGGCAGCUCGGACUCUGAGAACUAUUUAACCAUACCAGGGCUGGGCUACAAAAAUGAAAUCCAACUGCUGAACCGGGAGCCUGCCUCAAAGGAGGGGAAUUCAAACGCUAGUAAAGCCAGUGCAGGUGACAGCAAGGGCCCCGAGCAGAAAAGAUCUCCAUUAAUCAUGGAGUACCCAGCUACAUCCAUCUAUCAUCACUCAAAGGCAGCAGCAGGGUCUCAGAAACAGCAGCAGGUGUUGUGUUUCUCUCCAUCUGUCCCCACUGUGUCACCUACACCUUCUGCCGGAGAGACGGGCCAGCAAACCCAGCGCAAGAUGCUUCUGGAUCCCACCACAGGACAUUAUUACUUGGUGGACACUCCCAUACAGGCCACCACCAAGAGACUGUUCGACCCAGAGACGGGCCAGUACGUGGACGUACCCAUGCCUCAUUCACCUGUGUCACCUGUCACCCCCGUGCCUCUUUCUUUAUCUCCACUGGCACUCAGCCCAGGAGCGUAUGCCCCGACCUACAUGAUCUACCCAGGCUUCAUCCCCUCGCCCACCCUAGCCGCCCAGGCAAUGCUGCCGCAGUCCCCGUGCCACUCCGAGGACGCCGGCGGAGAAAAUAUGAAAAACUGCAAAAGUGCUCGGCUGGAAAGCGGCACGACAGGCGCCGAGAGCGCGUAUUACAGCGCAACGGGGGAAGCUCAACAGAGGCCGCUGCAGCUACCUGUGAGUAUGGGACAUGUGACCUCCAGAGGAAGCGCGAUGGGCUCAGAGAGGAAGCCAGUUAUCAGCAUCACAACGCAACAAGGUCCAAGAAUCAUCGCCCCUCCCUCCUUCGAUGGAACGACGAUGAGCUUUGUAGUGGAGCAUCGGUGACCAAGAGGACGUCGCUUCAUUCAUGCAUCUCUGCAGAGGAAUCCCCAUUCACCCUGUCACCCGACCCUGCCUUCUACUCCCAGGACAACGUUCAUCUCCUGCCUCCACUCUGUUGUGUUGUUUUGUCCGCGCAGCAGACAUUACUGUAUCGUGUAUGCAUUGCAGCACUUUGUAGAGUUGAUACAUCCAGCCUCGCUCCCCGGGCUUGGAUGUUCUGGCUUUGUAAUACUUUCCAGUCUGCUGCUGUCUAGAACUCUGAGCUCUGUUUAAAUGAUGUUUGCGCCCCGCAUCGUGCCUGUUCAAAUGGAAACAAGGCAGGUUUUGUGUUACACUUUUACAGUUUUAGUCAUUACUGGCUAAGCCACCGUUUUAUCUACAUGAGUUAAAUGUUAUCAGUCAUUUAGAGCAACACUACGUAACUUUUGAAAAGUAUUACCAACUUUUUGUGGGUGAAAGGGUCCCGCUGUCCUUACAAGACUGUCCACACUGAGAUGGUUUGUAGUCAGGUAUGAAGGAGCAGUGAUGAGAGCCUGAGGCAUUAUAGGUUUUUCCAUUGUAGUUUUAAGCAAAAGGAAUCAAGUAACUUGUGGUGGUUUGUCCAUGAAUGAGGUUAGAAUGGAGCGUGAAGCUGCCAAGCAGUAAUACAGACACAAUACUGGACUGUUGAGACGUGAAGAAAGUUCAUCCUGACAUCGAACCUCUUGACUCGCCAGUCAGUCUAGUUUCCAUCAUUGGCUUUAGGUACUGAAAGGGUACUGGGUACGGCAGACGCCGAAAUAAGUUUCCUCCACGGUGAUGCAAAGACAGGGUGAUGAGUUGAGACGCGUAAAAGGAACUUGGAUGAGAACUGCUGCCCUUUCAUGUUGAAAAGAGUCAGCUGAGUUUAGCUGGACAUCUGAUUUCUCUGAAGAUAUUCCAGACGCAUCCAAUUGGGACAAGAUCACAGGGCAGACCCAGAAUACCCCAGAGGGAUUACAUACCCUAUCCGGCCUGGGAAUCCUCCAGGAAAAAUAGAGGAUGUGGCUGACGAGAAAGACACAUGAUCUGCCUUUCUUGGCUUGCUUCCAGUCAAAUCAGCAUUGGAAAAUGGAUGGAUGUCUGUAAAAUUAUUAACAAGAUACCAUAGAUUCCUAAGCUACAUUAUCAUCGUCAUCUUCUUAAGCCAAUCACAUUCGCGGCAGCUAUAGGGAAUGCAGUGAAACGCGCCUAUCUCAGGUUCCUGCAGCUUCCUCCUGCUUGUCCUGGGUAAUCUACAUCUGCUCCGAGGCCAGAGGGAAGAUAAAAAAUCCAGGAGAGUUAUGGCCGCCGCCCAGCAGAGAAAACAUUUAAUUUAGUUGUAUCCCUCAUCUUGUUCUUACUGUCAUCACCCAGAGUUCAUGACCAUAAGUGAGCGUUGGGAUGUUGACAGUAAUUAAAGUCUCUCCUUACCUUCACUGCUACUGUACGGUCGGUUCUCUCCACCUGAAGUAGAUUCUCUCCCAUGAUCUGGGCAGGGCAUGCUACCCUUGCUACCCUGGAGGGCAUCUAUGUGGUGGAGACAAAAGGACAACAUCAUCUGCAAAAAGUAGAGAAGCCGACCUUUGGCCCACGAAGCCAAUGAACACCUGGUACCAGUACAUACAUGUCUGCGUGGGUUUUUGUGCGUUUGUCUGUCUCUCUGUGUGUUAGCCCGGAUGUAGGAUUUACCCCGCCUCUCGCCCAGUGACAGCUGGGAUAGUCUCCAGCCCCCCAUGACCCCCUCAGGAGGACAAGCGCUUAUAGAAAAUAUAUGAAUGAAUGACUGAAUGAAUGAAUGUCUUGGCGCCACAGUGGCUGACGAGUAGAGAAAGUUACAUAGUCUUGUUUGAACACAGUUUUCUGAGAACAGGGACCAUUUGUCUGCACUGAACUAAAAUCAGUACUCAUUUCAAAUUAAUAUCUUUUAAAGGUGUCCCACAUAUUCAAAUAAUAUAUAUCUGACGUUGCUGUAUGCCAUAAUACUACUCAGUGCAACCAGCUUUCUGUAGUCAUAGUAACAUUCGUAGUGUUGGUUAGCUGUCAGUGGUUCGUGUUAUAUUUGUUUUGUUGUGCGACCGACCUCUGCGUCAGGACUCACAAAAUGCUGCUAAUACCUGCACAACUCUGAGGCUGUAUGAAGUGUGUAUUUAUGUGUUAAAAGCAUCCGCAGUGUUUGUUAAAAUGAGAAAAGGAGAGAAACACACUAUGUGUGUUGCUCAGGUGAAACCUGGCUGGGACUCUGGUCCAACAUUGUACUUAGUUCAGUAAGUAGAGUUGGGCCUAAUGAGUCGGAGCCAGCUGAGAUAUUUAGAGGACAACUUCCUCUAUUUGUGUUGGUUCAGUUUACACUUUUGUGUAAUGAGAUGGGAGUGGAUGUGCGCAUGCCUGAAUGUGUCCGUGGUUGUGGCAGUGAGUUAUGUGUGGCAUUUGAGCAUUCUGUGAGUACAACGAGGAGUUGAGUUACUUGGCUGCAGACAGGAGCACACAGGCGCACGGUGUGCAUGUAUUUGGUGCAUUUUUAUUUAUUUUUUUUUUUUACACACAGCAAUGUCAUUUUCUCUUAUUUGAAUGUUCAGUUCUAAUUGUUGUUACACAGCACAGUGUACCUGUUUUCAUCCAGAUUAGAGUUCAUCUAUUUAUAAUAUCUGUACGUUAAGAUUAUUGAGGUUUCUGUCCUGUUUCUGUUUGGACAUGCACUGGGGCUCCAUUCAUCACUGUGCUUGACUUGACUAGUAAUACCAGCAUCCAUGUAGAAAUAAUACAAAUUGUAGAUUGAUACUUUUAACAUGUUUCAAAACUAAAACAAACAAACCAAAAAAAAAAAAUUAAAGGUAUUUGGAGCUGCAGGUCAGUCUAUGUACCUUAAUGUAAAAUACAUGUUGUGUGCCUCUGGGACAAACACACUUCAUAUAAAUUUCCCAAUGAGUUGAUUUCAUUAUAAGUGAUAUGAAUUGAUGCAGUGAUUUUGAGGAUUUGUUGACUUUAGGAAAUGGUUUGCUCUUUAGAGCAAUUUGAUAUUGCAACAUUUAAUGCAAUUUUGAGGUGAAAUGUGCCUUAAAUAUGUAAUUUUAAUACAUAAAAAUGUUCUUAAUGAUGAUUUUUUUUAUUAUUCAAACCAAAUUUACCCCCGAGGAAGGUGACAGCAGUGCAAAAAAAUACAUAUAUAUCUGUCGCAUAGAAAUAACUUUUGAAAGACAUGUUAAUAAAUGAAUAACAAUAAAUCUACCAAAGGUGGAAGAUGAUAAAACAUGUAUUUCUCUCCUGUUUAGAUGACACCAUUUUGAAACCUUGCAAAGUUUAGAUAAAUAAUAAAUAUAUUAUGUGUACGCUCCAGUAAAACAGCUGUAACAAUAAAACAUUUUUAAAAAAUGAUUCUCAGAAGCAUUACAUUAGCAUCUUAUAUGACCUUUAUCUGUGAAUAAUGAUUUACUUAAUGCACUUGGAUUUCGUCACCAGUGAUGACAGCAAUGAAUGGAUGUGAAUGCUGGUGUCGUAGGAGCACCUUGCAUAAUAAUAACGAUAAUAAUAAUAAUAAAAAGAUUGUUUCUGAUUAAUUUUGCCCAAAGUUGCACUGUAAAAAGUGAUUUGUUCAAAACAUUUUCUAUAAUGUCCUUUUAAAAUCUACUGAGUUUUGAGGUGAACUAUGUGAAACUGACUGCGUCAACUGAUUGAUUUUUUGUAAGAAAGAUAAAGCGAGGUAAAAAGCGUGACGGUUUGAGAUAAGUGAUUACAGAAUGUUUUGGGUAAAGUGGCCAUUGUGUACAGUUUGUUGUAUGCAUGAUGUCAACCGUGUCUGACCACAAAGAGGCAAAGGUCGGGAUGACGGCAGAGAGACACCUUGAAAGGAGAAGUGAGUGCUGUGUUCGCACUUACACGUCUGAAAGUGAGGAAUAUAAGGAAUGAUGAAUGAGUGUAAUGUAGACUGACAAGCCUACAUGUGUUCGCAAUAAAUCCAAAGUACAAGCUA